AUGGAGGUAGCUUUUUGGAGAGACCGUGACUGGGAGGUGGAGAUCAGGAAGAUCCCUCGUGAGUGUAAUAGUGCUGCGGAUUGCAUGGCCCGUUAUAAUACAUUUGGGGCAUGUGAUGAUGUAAAGUUUGCAAGGAUUGCAGGUUCCUUAAAACAAGAACUAUACACAUAUACACUUCAAAAUAUGUGGGACGAAGCAAAAUCCAUUUAUGAUAAAUUUCCAGAUAUGGUACGUAUUCCCUUGACUUCAAGCGGAGAUACAGCUCUUCAUGUUGCGGUGACCGCAAACAACACUGAUUUUGUCAAAAAGUUUGUUAAUUUUGAACACGUGACCCCAAAGGACCUGGAAAUACCAAACGCAGAGGGUAACACAGCAUUUUGCAUUGCUACAGUUCAAGGAAGUGCUAAAUUUUUACAAAUUAUGACUAAAAAAAAUGAAAAAUUGCCACUAAUCCCUAGGCACGAUGAGAUGCUUCCAGUUCACUUUGCUACUUUAUCUUGCUACCACAAAAUUGUGCAAGAUUUAUCCUCUGAGGAUCGCCUUCAGAAAAUGGAUUUCAAGGAUAUUGAACGACUUUUUUUCAUGGCCAUUAAAAGCAACAUGUAUGAGGUAGCAACAAAAUUAGUUGAGAAAUAUCCAAGAUCUUUAAGCAUUGCAAGAGAUGAUGAAGAGAAUCUUACAGCUUUGCAUAUGCUGGCACGAAAGCCUUCUGAAAAAUCUUACAUGCAAGUGAACAACCAGAACGGAAAAGCUUUUUGGUACAUGAACGGAAAAGCUUUUUGGUACCAAAACGAUAUGCACAAACAAUAUUGCUCCAACAAGAAAGAAGGUUCACCAUGGAAAUUACUUAAAAUUAUCUGGGCACAAGUUAGAGAAUUGGAAUACAAGAAGAGAUUGAAGUUGAUAACUGAACCUUCAAUAGUACUGUUUGAUGCAGUAAAAUCAACAAAUGUUGAAGUUGUGAAAUGGCUUCUUUACAUGAAUCGUGAACUAUUGACAAUAAAGGACCCUAAAAGUGGUCAGAACCUACUGCACUGGGUUGUUUCACAUGGACAACGUGAUCUGUUGUGCUUUAUACUUAAGAUGAGGACCGUGAAACUGAUACUACGAGCAGUGGACAAUGACCGUAACAAUGUUCUACACUUUGCUGCAUGUCAACUAAGCGAAGCAUCAUCAAGUUUGAGAACUCGCUCUAAAUUAAGGGGAGACUGGCGGUGGUUAAUGUUCCUCCAUGACAUUGGAGGCACAUCUUUCAAACAACCCGCAAAACCAAAUCGCUCCUCCCUUGUGAUACAAGGAGGAAGAUUCACCAGACUCGUCUUUGUCAUAUGCGACCCUAUUGAGAUCUGGCUCGACGAAGUUUGA